CCCCACCAUCAACAAAACAAUAAAUAAUGGAAUAUCGCAUCCCUCCAAUAGAGAUCCAAACACAUCUAUGCUAAGGCGCAUUGGAGCCGUACUGGUGGCUCGUGGUGGACCAACGCCCUAUUUAGACACUAUAUGUUGGUGUUGUCUUUAUUUUGCCAGCUACCUGUAUGUUCCACAGGCCAUAGGCUCAAAGGCUAUCUUAGAUUCAUCAGGAAAUGCUAUAUAAUUUGUAGUUUAGGCUACUGUGGGUGACGUCAUUACUGCAGGAAAAAUCGUUCAGUUGAGUUUUGGAAUUUACGUGUGAUGGACUAUUGUUUAGGAAUGUUAAUCUUCUCAAAUGCUGAAAUCUUUUCAACGCAUUCCUUAUGUGUAAUUACUGUAGCUGCACCCUUGUGAUGCAUAACAAUACUGCGCUUGAUUGAACUGAAUUGGAGAACCAUGUUUUACGCACCGCAUUUGAUUCAACCACAGCCAACCACGCACGCUUUGGUAUGUCUACCCCCCUUUUCGUCGGCUAAAAGUGGCACAAAGACGCGCUGGCUUUAGGACUUUUUACAAGUUUGGUCUUCCCCUUUAAAAGUAUACAGCCCUAGCGGUGAUCAUUGGUCUGAAAACUCUGCGGAGGGGAUUAGAGCAUGAAAUAGCUUGAACAAGAAGCCGGGAUCAUGGCGGCACCGCUCGGGCGGGACACUCUACCUGACCACUGGUCCUAUGGAGUUUAUCGAGAUGGCAGGGUCUUCUUCAUCAGUGAUAAAACUCACAGCACUACUUGGCUCCAUCCUCGUACGAGUGAACCUGUCAACUCUGGACACAUGAUACGAUCAGAUUUACCACUGGGAUGGGAAGAAGGAUUCUCGGACGAGGGGGCCAGCUACUUCAUUAACAAAUCCACGCUUCACCGGUGCAGAGAUCCAAGUCUCCAAGUGAAGGAAGGCUACAAACUAACGUCACAAUGCUUUAGUUGACCUUUGGCCUCAGCAUACCAAGAUCCCCUUGUUCUGAAGGAACAUGUGUUUGAAUGGUAAUGAUCAUCUCCGUCAAUGCAGAUGACAAGGUUAAUCUGCUCAGCAAACCUAGUCAAGUGUAGCAAAUUCAACAGUUUGACGGUUACACCAGUACCUGUAUUCAACUCUUGAGUGCUUUUGAAACUGCCAAAAAUACCUUUGCAAUUCAGUGCUGACUUUCAAACUGCCACAGAGAGAGGAAGAACUUUAGCUGUCCUUUGUACUUCUCCUUUCACUGGGGCUGCUUGACCCUAGUGGAUCAGUUUUUAAUGGUGUAAAAAAAAACUACUUCCUUUUAAAGUGUAUCCCCAACUGUUCCUUUCAUCCUGGUGCCACAGGAAGAAAGAGUCGUGUUGAAUCUUUCUGGAAGGUAAUUCUAAGGAAACACACUUCUAUUUUAUUCUAACAGCAACGUGUUGACUGCUGUCAUUUCUGUCUUUGUUAUGACUCAGUGUUGGCAGGUGUGGUGUGCUUUCUAGGAAAGCCUAUA